AUGGUUGAGAGCUUGCGACAGUACAUUCUCAAAGUUGCAGCAGGCACAGCUGGAGCUCUGCUCCUGCUGUCCUCGUUGGUAGCAGUAGCGCUCGUGUCAGAUGCAGUAGCAAGACGACGCAGGCGGGGCAGGGGAGAAGGCGAAGGGAGGUCGGCAGUCUAUGCGGGCCGUGUGUGGCAUGCGAGGUUCAAGCCGACGGCGCACCACUUCUCGUACCCGAUUUUCUAUUGCCUCGUCGACCUCGACGAGCUGGACAUCGCGUUUCCAUGGUACAUUUGGCCGGUGGGAUCGGCCCGGCUCCCGGCGCUCUCGAGAUUCCGGUCCGCAGACCACCUGAAGGGGAGGGGGGCCGCCACACCGGUGUUUGCGGCGGGUGGUGGGGGUGGUGGUGACGAAAGCAGCAGCGCAGCGGCAGGGGACCCCGUCGAUGCUGCGGGAGAUGGGGUGGGGAGGAACGAGGGGGGCCGAGGGGCGUCCGGCCCGUCCAGGGCGAGGGCUACGGCGGCGACAUCCUCUCCACCGCUGUCGUCGAGCCUCGCAGAUAGGGUUAGGGACAUCGUCGAGGAGGCUACAGGGGCUCGACCCACGGGCCGAGUGCAGCUCCUGACGCACCUGGCGUACCUUGGCUAUUGCUUCAACCCGGUUUCGUUCUACUACUGCCUCGACAAGACGGAGAGGGAAAUCGAGACAGUGGUGGCAGAGGUGAGCAACACUCCCUGGGGAGAGAUGCACUGCUACGUCCUCAACCCCAAGACAAAAGGGGUCCAAGUUAUCGCCAAGGACAAGAGCAACGACAACGACAACAACACCAGCAAGAGGGGCACCAAGGAAAUAACUCGAUACAGGUUCGAGAAGGACUUUCACGUGUCGCCGUUCAUGAGCAUGAAGCACACGUACGACUGGAAGUUCACGGCUCCCGACGCAAGUCCCGGCAGCGGCCUGAUGGCGCAGACCACCCUGCUAGAGUCCGGCAGCGGCAAGGUCUUCUUUGACGCUAAGCUUGUCCUAAGAAGGCAACCUUGCUUUUCCGCGGCGGCGUUGUGCUGGCACAUGACGGCGUACCCGCUGUACACGGUUUGGGUGCAGGUUCUCAUUCACUACCAGGCAUUUCGGCUGUGGUGGAAACAGGUCCCGUUCUUCCCGCACCCAGAGGGCGCAGAGACGGCUGCGUCGAGGCUUGUGGCGGUUGUCAUGACGCCACUAUUCAAUGCGCAGGAGGCAUGGGACAGGCGAAAACGGAGACGGCAGAGCGGCUCCACGUGUGGUAGUGAUAGUGACGAUGGUCGUGGUGCUGCUUGUGGUUGUGAAAAGGCGAAGGCCGCCUGA